AGUCAGCGUUCCCGGCCUGGACGCCUCGGCUGGAGGAACUGCUGUCAGGAGGAAAAAACAAAACUACAGCUCUCACUGUAGUUUUGUUUUUUUGAGUUUGGGGUUCCUUCGAGGCUCAACGUUUCUCCUUCUGGAUUCUGUGACUAAACUUUCUGGAUAAAGAGAUUUUUGAUUUCCUGACGACAGCCCUCCCCUGGGCAGCCCAGGCAUCCUUGUGCACACAAGGUGCCGACCAACAUGUCAACACAGGCGCCGACGUUCACGCAGCCGCUGCAGAGCGUCGUGGCAUUAGAGGGUAGUGCCGCGACGUUCGAGGCUCAAGUUAGUGGUUCUCCAGUUCCUGAGGUGAGCUGGUUCCGUGAUGGCCAGGUUCUUUCCGCCGCCGCUUUGCCCGGCGUUCAGAUCUCGUUCAGCGACGGCCGCGCUGUUCUGAGGAUCCCCGCUGUGACUGCCGCACACAGCGGAAGAUUUUCUGUCAGGGCCACCAACGGCGCUGGACAAGCCACGAGCACCGCCGAACUCCUUGUUACAGCCGAGACGGCGCCUCCAAACUUCCUACAGAGACUGCAGAGCUCCUCAGUGAGACAGGGCAGCCAGGUGAGGCUGGACGUCAGAGUCUCAGGUAUCCCAACACCUGUGGUGAAGUUCUACAGAGAGGGAGCCGAGAUCCAGAGCUCAGCUGACUUCAGGAUCCUCCAGGAGGGAGACCUGUACAGUCUGCUGAUUGCUGAGGCCUUCCCAGAGGAUUCUGGGACAUAUUCUGUGACCGCCACCAACAGCAGCGGACGAGCCACCUCCACUGCUGAGCUGUUGGUUCAGGGUGAGACAUGUGAAGAAGCUGUACCUACUAAGAAAACUAAGACGAUUGUGUCCACAUCCCAGAUGGCUGGGUUGGCUUCCCAAACCAGAGUUCAGAGGAAGGUGGAGUCCAGUUUCCAAGCCACCACCAUGAUGGAGAUGCAGGUCGAAGGAGGAAUGAUGACUCAGCAGUUGGCUCACAAAACCCCUCCCCGGGUUCCCCCAAAGCCGACCUCCAAGUCCCCACCGUCCUUCAUCACCAAGGUGACAGGAGGACGCCAGCAGUCACCUUCACCCGUCAGACACGUGAAGGGGCCGACGCCCGCACCUGUUAGACCCGUCUCCCCCACCACCAGACUGUCCUCUAUCUCUCCCAUCAGACCGGUCAAAUCUCCCAUCAUGUCCAGGAAACAGGUGUCCGCCUCUCCAGAGGUCCUGCCGCCCUGGAAGCAGGGAGACUACAUGGCUGAAGCCAGCUACACCACUAUGACCAGCAUGACCAGUGUGAGCAGCGCUGCCCAGCUUCAUAUGGAGAAGCACUGGGAGCAGCAGGUCACCGGCAGCAGAGAGGACGAGCAUGUUUACCAGGACGAUAAGAGUGUCGCCGUGGCGACUGUGGUGGCUGCUGUGGAUCAGGCUCGCAGCCGAGGGCCGUCUGAGGCCGCUGUGUCGGGAGAGCAGGCUGAGGGAGUGGGUAAAGCCGGGGCGGUGGCCACAGUGGUGGCCGCCGUUGACCUUGCUCGUGUCCGUCAGCCCGUGCAUGUGGAGGGCGGCGGAGCUGAAGAGGAGGAGGCUGUAGAGGUGGAGAUAAGACAGCAGGCGGAAACAACUGAAGAGAAACACGUUGAAACGAAAACACUUCCUGUUGAACCUCCAGCUGCCGUCGCUGUGACGUCAGAGCAGCGCAGAGUCCAGGUGUCACAGAUUCAGACAACCACAGAGCUCUCUACCCACGUGGACACUGGUCUCGCUCCGUCUCCAGUUCCACAUUUCACAGUUUCUAAAGUUUCAGUUCCUAAACAUGAAUCGAGCCACGAGGUGUCCAUCGCUGGCUCUGCUAUCGCCACUCUGCACAAAGAGUUGUCUUCCCCCUCCGCUCCCAGAAAGGUCAUCAAGCCCGUCAAGUCUCCCAGUCCGUCUCGCAGAGCGGUGGCGGUGGAGGUGCGCGUGACGCCGGAGCCCCUCCCCCCACCGUUUAGAGACGUCAGAUAUCAGUUUGAGUCGCAGCUGGUCGGAGCUCAGGCUGUGAGUGAGGAGGAGUUUGAGGACUGGGAGCCUCAGGCGGCUGCAGUUCCCACCAGAGCACAAGAGGCUGUUGUUCCUCCCACUCUGAUCGCUGGCCUCAAGAAUGUGACAGUGACGGAGGGCGAGUCAGUGACACUGGAGUGUCAGAUCAGCGGUCACCCUGCUCCCACCAUCAUGUGGUUCAGAGAGGACUACAAAAUCGAGAGCUCCAUUGACUUCCAGAUCACCUACGUGAGCGGAUUUGCCCGGCUGGUGAUCCGCGAGGCGUUCGCCGAAGACAGCGGGCGCUUCACCUGCACCGCCACCAGCGAGGCGGGCACUGUCAGCACCUCCUGCUACCUGCUCGUCAAAGUGUCAGAAGAGAUCGAGAGCAGAGAGGAAACGACUGUCACUGAAAUUGGAAUCACUCAAGAGAAAACUAUUGCCAUGGAGACAAAGGAAAGGGUGGUGGCGGAGGUGAGUACAGGAGAGUCUGCCGCCCCCUUCUUCAUCAAGAAACCGACUGUCCAGAAGCUGGUGGAGGGAGGAGGUGUCGUGUUCGAAUGCCAGGUCGGAGGAAAUCCCAAACCUCAUGUCAUCUGGAAGAAGAGUGGCGUGCCGCUCACUACUGGAUACAGAUACAAAGUUGCCUACAACAGGGAGACCGGAGCAUGCAAACUGGAGAUCUCCAUGACCUUUGCUGAUGAUGCUGGAGAAUACUCCAUCUUUUUGAAGAAUCCACAUGGAGAAGCCUCAGCCUCCGCUGGCCUGCUGGAGGAAGAGGAAUAUGAAGCCUACAUGAAGCAACAUGACGUGACAUACAAAACUGAAGUGACAACAACAACCACAGUGGUUCAGGAGCCUUCUGUGGUCAUGACUGAAUAUGAGAUGGAACACAGGAGAGUAACCACCCCGAUGAGCUAUGUCUCAGAAACGGAAUUUCUAAUUUCAGCCUUUGAAGAGAGGAUCAUCCAUGAGAUCGAGCUGCGUAUCAUGAUGAUUACCUACAUACAGCUGGUGACAGAGGACGGAGAGGUGGCGGUGACUGUAGCAGAAGAGGAGACAGUUCAGCCGACCUUCGAUACGCCAGUCAAAAACUACAGGAUUAUGGACGGAAUGGGCGUCACUUUCCACUGCAAGAUGGGUGGAAACCCACUGCCAAAGAUUGCUUGGUACAAAGAUGGCCAGCGCAUCAGGCCUGGUGGCCGUUACCAGAUAGAGGUCCUUCAGGAUGGACGAGCCAGCCUUCGUGUGCCUGUGGUUCAACCAGAGGAUGAGGGCGUGUACACUGCCUUCGCUACCAACAUGAAGGGAAAUGCCGUCAGCUCUGGAAAGCUCUAUGUAGAGCCGUCCGGAACUGUAACACCUCAGAGAUACACACCACAGCCAGCGAUGCAGAGGAUCAGGUCCACAUCUCCUCGUUCUCUGAGUCGCUCACCUGGACGUUCUCCCAGCCGUUCUCCAGGACGCUCUCCGGCCCGCCGCCUUGAUGAGACAGAUGAGGCUCAGCUGGAAAGACUCUACAAGCCUGUCUUUGUCAUGAAACCUUCCUCUAUAAAAUGCUCCGAGGGGCAAACCGCCAGAUUCGACUUAAAGGUUGUUGGCAGACCAAUGCCCGACACAUACUGGUUCCACAAUGGACAACAAGUGGUCAAUGACUACACCCACAAGAUAGUGGUUAAAGAGGACGGUGUCCAGUCCCUGAUCAUUGUCCCAGCCAUGCCAAAAGACACUGGAGAGUGGACAGUCGUCGCUCAGAACAGAGCUGGACGGACUUCUGUCUCUGUAACUCUUAAUGUUGAUGCUCGAGAAAGCCUGGCGCGCCCUCAGUUUGUUGAAAAGUUGAAGAACAUCACUGUGAAGCAGGGCACACUGGUUGAGUUGGCUGUCAAAGCCAUUGGAAACCCCCUGCCUGACAUCGUCUGGCUGAAAAACAGUGACAUUAUCACCCCACAGAAGCACCCACAUAUCAAGAUUGAAGGAACUAAAGGAGAGGCCAAAUUCCAGAUCCCAUCUCCUUCAGGCUCAGACAGUGCCUGGUACACAGCUACAGCCAUCAACAAGGCUGGCAGAGACACCACUCGCUGCAGAGUCAAUGUUGAGGUGGACUUUGCUGCUCCUCAAGCUGAGAGGAAGCUCAUUAUUACCAAAGGAACAUACAAGGCGAAGGAGAUUGCUGCUCCUGAGUUGGAGCCCCUUCAUCUCCGCUAUGGUCAAGAGCAGUGGGAGGAGGGUGACCUUUACGACAAAGAGAAGCAGCAGAAACCACAGUUCAAGAAGAAGCUGACCUCUAUCAGAAUGAAGCGCUUUGGUCCAGCUCAUUUUGAGUGCAGACUGACCCCUAUUGGUGACCCCAACAUGGUAGUGGAGUGGCUGCAUGACGGCAAACCUCUGGAGGCUGCUAAUAGAUUGCGCAUGGUAAAUGAAUUUGGCUACUGCAGUCUUGACUAUGAAGUUGCUUACGCCAGAGACAGCGGCGUCAUCACCUGCAGAGCCGUUAACAAAUUUGGAGUCGACCAGACCUCGGCCACCCUGAUCGUUAAGGAUGAGAAAGGCCUUGUUGAGGAAAGCCAGCUUCCUGAAGGCAGGAAGGGACUGCACAGAAUGGAUGAGAUCGAGCGCAUAGCACAUGAAGGAGGACCUACAGGAGUCACCACUGAUGAAGAAUAUGAGAAGACCAAACCUGAGAUUGUCCUUCUUCCUGAACCAGCAAGAGUGCUGGAAGGCGACAUUGCACGAUUCCGCUGUAGAGUGACCGGCUAUCCAGCACCCAAGGUUAACUGGUACCUCAAUGGGCAACUCAUUCGCAAAAGCAAGAGAUAUAGACUUCGUUAUGAUGGUAUUUACUACUUGGAGAUUGUUGACAUCAAGUCCUAUGACUCAGGAGAGGUCAGGAUUGUCGCAGACAAUCCUCUGGGCACAACUGAGCACACUGUGAAGCUGGAGAUCCAACAGAAAGAGGACUUUAGAUCUGUCCUUCGCCGUGCUCCAGAGCCGAAGGCUGCAGAGGCUCCACAUGACCCCGGCAGAAUGGGAUUUGACGUUGUGAAGGCCGACCGACCUGCAGAGGCCGCACAGGACAGGGAAGUUGUUAAGCUGCGUAAAGCACAGAGAAUUGUUCAUGAGAAAACCUCAGAGGAGUCAGAUGAACUGAAGAGCAAGUUCAAGCGCAGGACAGAGGAAGGUUUCUAUGAGUCCAUCUCUGCUGUGGAGUUCAAGUCUCGUAAGAGAGAUGACUCCUAUGAGGAUCUACUGAAGAAGACUAAGGAGGAGCUGCUUCAUCACUUGAAAGAGAAAGAAGAAGCUGAAAGGAAGAGGAUGGAGGAACAAGGCCAAAUCACCAUCCCCACUAUCAAACCUGAGAGGAUCCAGCUGUCCCCCAGCAUGGAAGCACCCAAAAUCCUGGAACGCAUCACAAGCAAGACAGUUGCUCCAAUGGACGAGGUUCGUUUCCGACUCAGAGUUGUGGGCAGACCCGAACCUGAAUGCCAGUGGUUCAAGAACGGCAUUCUGGUGGAAAAGUCUGACCGUAUUUACUGGUACUGGCCUGAGGAUCAUUUGUGUGAACUGGUGAUCAGAGAUGUCACAGCAGAAGACUCUGCCAGCAUCAUGGUUAAAGCCAUGAAUAUCGCUGGAGAGGCCUCAAGCCAUGCCUUCCUGCUUGUGCAAGCCAAGGCAGCAAUCAGCUUUACCCAAAACCUGGAGGAUGUCAGUGCAAAUGAGAAAGACACCAUGGUGACUUUUGAGUGCGAAACCAACGAACCUUUCGUCAAAGUCAAAUGGCUCAAGAACGACAUGGAGAUCUUCUCCGGAGAGAAAUACAGAAUGCACUCAGACAGAAAGGUCCACUUCCUGUCUGUGCUGAUGAUUGAAAUGAGGGACGAUGCCGAAUACACUUGUGUGGUUGUGGAUGAUGAGAGCAUCAGGACGAGUGCAAGGCUUUACGUAGAAGGUGCAGCCCUGGAGCUUGUAAAGCACAUGGAGAACAUAGAGGUGCCAGAGACCUACGCUGGAGAGUUUGAGGUUGAACUGUCUCGUGAGGACGCUGAGGGCAUCUGGUACUUCGGAGACAUGGAGCUCUCUCCCAGUAGUAAAUACAUUAUGUCCUCUCGCCGAGGAAGACAAACCCUGACAGUCAAGGAUAUCAGAAAAGGAGACCAAGGGAAAUAUACCUUUGUGUGUGGAGAUCUGAUGACCAGCGCCUCACUGAAGAUGAAAUUGCGCCCGGUUACCUUGGUUCAACCCUUGACUGACCUCACAGUGUGUGAGGGUGACAUUGCUCAGCUGGAGGUCAGGUUCUCCCAGGAGAAUGUUGAGGGAACCUGGAUGAAGAAUGGACAGGCCAUCUCCGCCUCGGACCGUGUCCACAUCGUUAUCGACAAACAGGUUCACAAGCUGUUGGUGGAGAAUGUCAGCAGAGAAGAUGCUGCUUCCUACUCUUUUGUUGUUCCUGCCCAAGACAUCUCCACCUCGGGAAAACUCAGUGUUCAAACAAUUGACAUCGUGGUCCCACUGAAGGACAUGUCCUCCAUUGAAGGCACCAAGGCUGUUCUGGAGGCCAAGAUCUCCGCUCAGGAUGUCAGUUCAGUCAAAUGGUAUCACAACGACAAACUGGUGAUGCCCAGUGACCGAGUCCAGAUUUUGGCGAAGGGAGCCAAGCAGCGUAUGGUCUUCACCAGGACUUACGCUUCUGAUGAAGGACGUUACAAACUAGUGGUUGGCAAGGUCGACACUAGCUGCAGCCUGUCUGUCGAAAAGGUACACAUUGUGAAGCACAUGGAAGACAAAGUGUGCUCAGAGUCCCAGAAUGUAACCUUUAAUGUCGAGGUUUCUCACCCGGGUAUCGACCCGGCCUGGACUUUCAAGAACCAGCAGCUCAAACCUGGACCCAAAUACAAGAUGGAGUCCAGGGGCAAGGCUCACUCUCUUAUGGUCAUCGACACCAUGAAGGAUGAGGAGGGCCAGUACAUGUUUUAUGCCGGUGAAAAGACAUCCAGCGCCAAGCUCACUGUGUCCGGUGGAGCCAUCACACGUCCCCUGCAUGACUUGACGGUGGCGGAGUCUCAGACAGCUGUGCUUGAGUGUGAAGUCGCCAAUGCCGAAGCUGAGGGCAAAUGGAUGAAGGAUGGUCAUCAUGUGAACUUCAGUGACAACGUGGUGAGCGAGAUGGACGGGGCCGUCAGACGCCUCGUCAUUGUCAUCACGAGACCACAGGAUGUCGGGGAGUACACCUACCAGGUGGCCAACUCCAAGACCACUGCCAACCUCAGGGUGGAGGCGGUGAAGAUCAAGAAAACUCUAAAGAACCAGACUGUGACAGAGACCCAGGAGGCGGUGUUCACGCUGGAGCUCACACACCCCGAUGUGAAAGGAUCCCAGUGGGUCAAGAGUGGCGUGGAGCUGCAGAACAGUGACAAAUACGAGAUCACCACCGACGGCAUGGUGCACACACUGAGGGUCAAGAACUGCAACACACAGGACGAGGCUGUUUAUUCCUUCAAACUUGGAAAACUGUCUGCCAACGCCAGACUCAAUGUUGAGACAAUCAAAAUUGUGAAGAAGAUAAAGGACGUGAAAUCACUGCUGGAAGGCACCGCCUCCUUUGAGUUGAGCCUGUCACAUGACAACAUCCCCGUCAGGUGGAUGUUUAAAGGCGUAGAGCUGAAGCCGAGCGACAAGUGCAAGAUUCUGUCUGAGCGGAAAGCUCACAAACUGAUCCUGCAGAACGUCGACAGCAGCAAUGCAGGAGAGUACACCGCCAUGGUCGGACACCUGCAGUGCAGCGCCUCGCUCUCUGUGGAGGCCCUGCGAGUCACCAAACCGCUGAAGAGCAUUGAGGUCCCAGAGACCCAGAUGGCCACGUUUGAGUGUGAGGUUUCUCACUUCAACGUGCCUUCCACCUGGCUGAAAGACGGCGUGGAGAUCGAGAUGAGCGAGAAGUUCAGGAUCGUGGUUCAGGGAAAACUGCACCAGCUGAAGAUCAUGAACACCAGCAGGGACGACUCGGCAGAGUACACCUUCAUCUGCGGGAACGACCGAGUCUCUGCAACGCUCACCGUUAGCCCUGUGCUGAUCACGUCCAUGCUGAAGGACCUGAACGCUCAGGAGCGAGACACCAUCACCUUCGAGGUCACCGUCAACUACGAGGGCAUCACCUACAAGUGGCUGAAGAACGGCGUGGAGGUGAAGUCGUCGGACAGAUGUCAGGUCCGCAGCCGGCAGCUCACGCACUCCCUUUCCAUUCGGAAUGUUCACUUUGGGGACGGAGGAGAGUACCAGUUCGUGGCAGGGUCUGCUGCCACCGCCGCCAACCUGUUCGUUGAAGCCCGUGUGAUUGAAUUCACCAAGAAAAUCAAGGACAUUAAGAUCACAGAGAAGAAGAAGGCGAUUUUUGAGUGUGAGGUUUCUGAGCCGAACAUUCAGGUGAUGUGGAUGAAGAAUGGUCAGGAGCUGGACUUGUCUGAGGAGAGGUACACUGUGACAGCAGAGAAGUUUGUUCAUCGUCUGAUGGUCCAGACGGUUCGUAUGUCUGAUGCCGGAGAGUAUUCGGUGGUUGCCGGAUCAAGCAUCUCCAAGGCUCAGCUGAUCGUGGAGGGCCGUGACAUUCGCAUCUCCGAACCUGCAGAGCGGGAAAUCACGGUUCUGGAGAGACACCGAGCAACCUUUGAGUUCGAGGUGAAUGAGGACGACGUGGAGGGUCGCUGGCUGAGGAACGGGGUGGAGAUCCAGUUCUCUGUGGAGGAGAGGUUCAACUACGUGACCAUCAGGAAGAUACACCGCCUCACCAUCUCUGAGACCUACAGGAGCGACGCCGGCGAGUACACCUUCAUCGCCGGCAAGAACAGGAGCACCAUGCACCUCCGAGUCAACCUCCCGGAGCCUCCUCAGAUCCUCCGCCACAUGGAGCCCCAGUCGGUUGAGGCCGGUAAACCUGCUCGCUUCUCGGUGGAGGUGAGCGGCGUUCCCCAGCCUCAGGUCUUCUGGUACAAAAACUCCCAGGCUCUGUCCCCUGGCUUCAAGUGCAAGUUCCUCCAUGACGGCAACGAGCACUCGCUGCUGCUGAUCGAAGUGUUCCCUGAGGAUGCCGCUGUCUACAACUGCGAGGCCAAGAAUGACUACGGCACCGCCACAAGUACCGCAUCGCUCAACGUGGAAGUGUCUGAGGUGGUGUCUCCAGACUCAGCUGCACCUGUCGCUCCUCCUGUCGUCAUCUCACCCAUCACCAGCACCUCCACCCGUGAGGGACAACCAGCUCGCUUCCAGUGCAGAGUCCGCGGAGACGAUGUGAAGAUCAGGUGGUACCACGGAGAGAAGGAGAUCAAGCAGUCGGUCUUCUUCAAGAUGUCUCAGUUUGACGACAGCUGUCAGCUGGAGAUCUCCAGGGUUUACCCCGAGGACGAGGGCGAGUACACCUGCGUGGCCACGAACAACGCUGGACAGGUGUCCUGCUCUGCCACUCUCUCAAUUGACGGGGAAACACAAACCGCGGACAGUCGUGCUGAGUCUCAGUGGCAUGUCUCCACCAGCCUCACCAGUAUAAAGAAACCUUCCAUUGGCCAAAAGCCAGUUUUCAUCCAGCCAAUCACAAGCUGCACGGUGCCACACGGCGAGGUGGCACGCUUUCAUGCAUGUGUGUCCGGCAUGCCGAAGCCGGAGAUAAGCUGGUUCCACAACCGGCAACCGGUUCAGCCUACCAAGAACGUGGUGUUUCACUUCGAUGAGGUGACCAACACCGCCAUGCUCAUCGUAGUCGAUGCUUUCUCUGAGCACGCAGGGCAGUACACCUGCAGGGCUGCCAAUAAUGCUGGAGAGGCCGCAUGCUCGGCCACCCUCACCGUAACCAGAGAAGAAGAAGUACCUGUGACUCACGUGAGAGAGCAUAUCGAAGCCAAGAUUGAGGAAGAAGUCAAAGAACGUUCUAGCACCACCAUCACCACUGUGGAGGAACAAGAGGAAACCUACUACACUGGUGUCCAGUUACCACAGAAAACAAAAACACUUGAACUCAAGCCAGAGUCCAAACGCUACUCUUCCACUUUAGAGAAGAAAAAAGAAAAGCCAGUUUUCCUCAGCCAGCUCGCCCCAGCAGCUGUAACCACUGGGGAGACAGCCAGGUUUACCGUCAGGGUGUCCGGCCUUCCAAAGCCAACCGUUCAAUGGUCUCACAACGGAAGAGUGAUUAAGAGCUCCUCUGUAUACAAAUUGAUAGAGGAGAAAGAGGAGUACACGUUAGUGAUCACCCGGGUCACCUCUGAGUAUGAGGGAGAGUACUCUUGCACUGCCUCCAACAGAUUUGGCCAGACAACAUGCACCACAUAUCUCGAAGUGAAAAAGCCUGAUGUUAGCCAGGCAGAGAAAUGGGUUGAGAAGAUGUUUAAGAUCACAGGUCAACCUCCUACAUUCACAGUUCAGAUCCAACCUGCGAGGUGCUCAGAGGGAAGAGAGGUUUCUUUUAAUUACAAAGCCAGUGGUGAUCCAUUCCCUGAUGUGAAGUGGUUCAAAGGGGCUUUCCAGAUCCAGCCCAGUAGAAACUGUAUCAUUAUAGCCAACAGAGAUGGAUCUGGUGUCAUCAAUAUUAAGAAUGUCAAACAGGAAGACAGUGGUCUGUACACAUGUAAGGCCUCCAACCAGUUUGGGGAGGCGUCUUGUAGCGCUGAGCUUGUUGUGUUCAAGGAGUCAGUCUCUGUUUCUCAAAAACAGGAGCAGGUGACAAUGGUUCAGAAGAAAGGCUAUAAGGUUUCAGUGACUGAACAGGCAACCGAGUCUAGGUUGUACCAGGUCAGCCUUCCAGGACAGGACAGAUCCAGGUCAGAUCAGAUGGUUUACACCAUCGGAACUGAAGACAGGCAGAUUAUUCCAAGUGAGCAAGUGGGCUCCAUUAGAGAACUAGAUAUCUCUGCUGCAACCAUUCACCGUGAGCAGGUGACCCACCAGGCAGCAGUGCUUCAAUCUCAUGAGAUAGAGGAGAGGGUGUCUGUGGUUCCUACCCACCCGCCUCGGGUUUCGGCUGUUCCUGGGAAACAGCUUCACAUGGCAGCUUUUACAUCAUCUGUCGAAGAGAGUCAGGACUUUACAGAGCAGCACUGUGAUCGCAUUCAAAGCCCCGAGGUCAUUGAGCUUCAGGCAGCUAAAGAAAAGAGAUCAAUGACAAUGUCAGCUGUUGCUGAGGAGCUCACCCCAAUUUCUACUGUUAGCACAGAGCCUCUGGCUGACAGGAAAUCUGCUAAAAUCAAGCCCAAGUCAGAACCUAAACAUCUAGUCAGUGGGCAUCAGGUCGAGUCACAAUAUCCCAUCUUAAAAGAGCAGUCUCAGGAUAUCCCCAAAGCAGAGGAGGAGAAGGGUUAUAAGGUCAAGGAGGGGGUUAAGAUUUUAUACUCAGCCCAGUCUACAGAGAAGCGGGUGCUUGCAGAGGGCCACACAACUGAACUGGCAACCACAGAUUCAGCUUUGAAAUCUUCUGUUGGAAAAGAGCAGCACCGACCUGUCCUGGCAUCGGUCAGUGAGACUAAACACACUCUUUCCAAGGAGACCAAGUUCUCCAUGCACAGGCCCUCUGAGGAGACAGCCCAUCUCUGUAAGGAUAAAGUAAUGAAGGCAGCUCUAACUGCUGAGGAGAAGCGAAUGCUGCAGGCUGAGCCCACUGAGAAGCUGCCAAGUCUGGACAGUGCCAUGUCCAUUCAGUCACAAGUAGAAGGAGAGCAGUUGUUGCACCUGCAGGUUAUCACAGACCAGGACCUCCUUCCAUCUGAGAAGAGCUUCAGCUGUGAGAAACCAGCACCAGAGCAGGCAGGAUCCAGGAAGAGUCCCACUCUACUGCACUCUGUCAGCCAGGACGAGCAGAGGACAGUCGUUUGUGAGGACACAUCAGAGUUUGAGGCCAAGGCUAGCACCAUGACCAUCCAGCCCCAGAAAGUGUCCCCUAAUCUGCUGCAUCUCCAGUCAACCCAACCUGUGGAGGCACUGCUCAAAGAGGAUAUCCUCAUAAUUGAGAAGCCUGACCAGCAGGUGGCGGCACAGAAACAAGAAAAGACGAGGAGUCAUGCAGCCACCUCGGAGGAGAGAAGGGAGCUCACAGCAGAUUAUCACACAGAACUGGAUUUGUCCGUGACUGGCGUUCAGUCUCAGCUUCGAACUGAGCCCAGGCCUCAGAACAUCCUCCAGCUCUCCUUCCAGCCCAUGCAGCUGCCAAAGGAGACGCCGGUUACCACUGACGUCAAGCAGCAGCGAGCUUUGGUGCAGAAGGAGGAUCGCUUGAACGUGAUGCAUGUCACUAGUGUGACAGACAGUCGGGCCUUAGAAGAGGGUCACACUGAGAGUCUGACAGCCGUGGACAAAUUCACCUGCCAGAUGGCUGUGGAGCCAAAACUUCCCACCGAGCCAAUCCAGGUUGAGGAGAAGGAAAUCUCCACUGAGAGUAGUGUCCUUCUAGAGGCAGCAGAGCAGGACUUUGCUGUCCAGAUCCAGGAAGGCCAGUCAGUCAGGCAGUCCAUAGUGAUGGACGAGAAGCGAGUGAUGAUGGGUGAACUCUCUCAGGAGGUCACCAAAUCUGAGUCCACUAAAGUUGUUGCCACCACACAGCCGAAACUGGCUCUUAUGGCAUCAGAAUCCAAAGAGAGUACGACUCUACCCAAAGAGAUGACUUUUGUGAUUCAGAUCCCGAAACCAUUCAGUCUGAAUAUACGGCGUCAGCUCAGGGACGCUCUUCAGUCUGCUGUGGCCAGUGACCAGCCAGUGUUACUGGCUGAUGUUGUUGGAGAGUUACACGCUGUAGAUGUACAGGAAGUCAAGGUUCAAAGAGAGCCCAAGCGGUCCAUGUUUACAUACCUGGUCACGACGACAGGUGCCCCCAUGGAGAUCACUCUGGCUUUUGAGGGUAAAUACCCUCAGACAGCUGACCUCAGGACUGAACUCCAGGCAGCUUUCCACUCCAUAGUGUACCAAGAGGCUCAUGUUCUUACUUCAGAACAGCCAGGCACUAUGCAGCUCGACAAACCUCAGAGGGCGCAGGUCACCUCGGCCCGCUCUAAGCAAAUGCUGUCGUCCAUGGUAGAGACUGUGAAUGUGGCAGAGAGUGCAGUGGAUUUCACUGCCGCUAAAUCUCAGGCUGCUAAGCUCAAAACUGAGUCUAGAAUGGCUGUUGAAUGUGCUGGAGCAGAGCAAAAGAUUGUGGUGCAGGAGACCAAGGAAGCAAAGAUGGAACAGUCCAUCUCAUCCCAGAUCAAAAUGUCCACAGAGUCUCACAUGGCUUUUGAGCAGUCGGUGCAGGUGUCCAGGCAGGAGGUGAAGUCAGUAACAGUGAAAAGCAGAGAGAGAGAUGUAGGGGCAGCUAUUGUUACUGCUGCACUGCCUCCAACCACCGUCCCCACUGAACAGGUGGUAGACGUCAGCAUCCAGAGGGAACACAGGGAGGAGAUCUUUAAAGAGGAGAUCACAGUAUCCAGGCCAGAGCAAAGAGAAUACCCAGUAAUAGUCACCUCCCUCGAAGACUUAUCCAUUGAUGAAGAUAGUAAAGUAACCUUUAACACCACCAUUAAGUACGUCACAAAGGUAAACUGGUUUUUCAAUGGGCAAUUGGUGAAAUCUGGCAAAGAGUUCAAGUGUUGCAAAGACCAGGACACAUACACAUUGGUUAUCAACAAAGUUGUCAAGGAGAGGCACCAAGGAGAAUAUGUUUGUGAGGCUGAGAAUGAAGCCGGCAGGACUACAACAUCUUCAAGACUUACUGUGGUCUCAAGAGUGCCACCUGUCUUCAGGCAAAGAAUCACACCUUUGGAGAUCAACGUCGGCGGCCACGCCAAGUUCGAGUGUGAAAUCGAAGAUGCUCCGAGUGUGACCUUCAAAUGGUACAAGUCUGGCAUUGAGAUCAAGCAGAGCGAGAAGUACAGGAUCCUCAGUCGCCACACCAGCUCCUCCCUGGAGCUCCUGAACCCGGUCAAAGCCGACAGCAGUGAAUACACCUGCAAGGCUUCAAACCAGCAUGGCACUGACAGCUGCACCGCCUCACUCGUCGUCACCGAAAUGUACCCGCCAGUAUUUGUAUCAAAACCAGACCCAAUGACUUUAUAUGUGGGAAAACAAGCUGUGUUCCAGUGCUCACUCACUGGAUCCUCGCCCAUGGAAGUUGUCUGGCACAAGGACAACAUAGCCAUCUCCUCCGAAGGAAACUAUGUCAUGAAAUGUGAAAAGAACAAGUAUUCGCUUUACAUUAAAAGUCUUGAUGUGACUGACCAUGGAGUGUACCUGUGCAAGGCCUCCAACAGUGUUGGCACUGCUACCUUUACUACAGAGCUCAAGGUUAUCAACAAGCCCAGCUUUGUUAAGACCAUUGAGCCAGCGUCAGUUGCUGUCAAUGAUCCUCUGAGGCUGGAGUGCCAGGUGGACGAGGACACUGGUGUGACCGUCACCUGGACCAGAGAUGGCAAAAAAGUCCACCAGAGCAUGGAUUGUAAAGUGUCCUUUGAGGACAAGGUGGCUGUUGUUGAGGUUCCCAAGUCCAAACUGAAGGACUCUGGGAAAUAUGUGUGCACAGCCACGAAUGAGGCUGGGAGCUCAUCCUGUGAGGCUGUGGUAACAGUUCAAGAGCCCCCUACCUUUGUUAAGAAAAUGGAGCCUAAGAUUACAUGGAAACAAGGCAUAGCUGCACGCUUACAGUGUUCGGUUAAAGGAUCGCCUGAACUUCAUAUCCACUGGUUCUGGAAUGAGAGAGAGCUUAGUGAUGGAGAGAAAUAUAAAAUCUCUUUCAAGAGUGGAGUUGCUUCUUUGGAGAUAAUGAACCUCGUGGUCACAGACAGUGGCAGUUACACCUGUGAGGUGUCAAAUAACGCUGGCAGCGAGAGCUGCAACACCCUUAUCGCUGUUAAAGAGCCACCAUCCAUUAGAAAAGAGCUGCAGACAGUAGAGGCGGUAAAGGGAGCAGCAACUCAGCUGGAGUGUGAGAUCAUGGGAACAGCUCCUUUUGAAAUUAGCUGGUUAAAGAAUAAGAAAGCCAUCUCCAGUGAUCAGAAAUAUAAAAUAAUCUUUGAAGAUUCCUUGUCAAGGCUGGAGAUCAAGACGUUUGACAGUACAGAUGUUGGAGAUUAUCAGUGCGUCAUAUCCAAUGAUGUGGGGAAAGUCACCACUAAGGCCUUGGCUAAACUUAAAGAGCCACCAACUUUCACAAAGAGGGUUGAGAGUGCGACAGCAGUGCUGGGAAAUACGGUAAAACUGCAGGGGACCAUUAAGGGCUCAGCUCCCAUCACUGUUAAAUGGAUGAAAGACUCUGAAAUAAUGAGAGAUGACAGUUCAAAUAUCAAGAUGGUGUUUGAGAACAAUGUUGCUAGCUUGACGAUAUCAACAGUGGCCAUCAGCCACGGUGGCAAGUAUUCGUGCCAAGCUGAGAACGAGGCUGGCCAACAAAAAUGUGAAGCUACCUUGACCGUGCAAGAACCUGCCAGAAUCGUAGAACCUGCAGAGUCCAUUAGUGUGACUGCAGGUGAUUCAGCCACAUUGGAGUGCACAAUUUCGGGAAGCCCAGAGCUUAAAGUGAAGUGGUUUAAAGACGGGAAGGAGAUGAUCAGUGGCCGGAAAUAUAAGAUGACUCUGAAGGACAAUGUUGCCACCAUGAAGAUUCUUACAGCAGAGAGAGGAGACACUUCAGAGUACAAGAUGGAGGUGUCGAAUAAAGUUGGGAAAGCCGAGUGCACGUGCUCAGUCACGGUCUUAGAUCGGAUAAUGCCCCCAACUUUCACCAAGUCCCUGAAAAGAGUUGAUGGUAACAUUGGUAAUGACAUCUCCAUGGAGUGUAAACUGUCUGGGUCCCAACCCAUGACCAUAGCUUGGUUCAAAGACGACCAGGAGGUCACGCCUGGAUCCAAAUUCCAGCCUGAAUUCAAAGAUAACUCUGCUACAAUGAGAAUUGUUCGGCUGGAGAAGGCUGACUCUGGAGUUUACAAAUGCAGAGCCACCAAUUCAGCCGGCUUUAAGGAAACCAGCGGCACACUCUAUGUCAAAGAGCCCCCAGCGUUCACAGUUAAACCAGACAACCAGGAUGUUAUACCAGGAACCACAGUUUCCUUCAGAACUGCCUUCACUGGAACAGCUCCUUUAGCUGUAAAGUGGUUCAGAGAGGAAAAAGAGAUUGUAACUGGAGACUCAUAUUUCAUAAAGAAAGAUGCCUCUUCCAGCUCUUUGGAGCUUCACUCAGUAAAACCCAGUGACUCCUCAAAAUACACAUGCCAAGUAUCCAAUGAUGCUGGGAAGGUGGACUGCACUGCAGUCCUCUUUGUGAAAGAACCUCCUGUGUGUGUGAGGAAGCUUGAGGCGACCAAGCUCAUCACCAGCGGCGACUCUGCCAAGCUGGAGUGCAAAGUGACGGGCAGCCCCGUCAUCAGUUUUACUUGGUUCAAGGAUGCGAUGGAGAUCAGCUCCAGUCCUAAAUACAAAAUGACCGCAAUUGACUUAGUGGCAUCUCUGGAAAUAGUCAACUGCACGGUAGAGGAUAGUGGAGAUUAUGUCUGUGUGGCGUCCAGCGAGGCUGGUAGUGACCGCUGCAGCAGCACAGUUACAGUCAAAGAGCCACCAUUGUUUGUGCGUAGUUUGGAGCCCAAAGAUGUGGUGAAAGGUUCUGAGAUGAUGCUGGAGGGCCAAGUCUCUGGCUCCGCCCCUUUCACUGUGUCAUUUUAUAAAAACACAAAGCCGAUUAGGAAUGACAAGAGACACAGGAUCACGGUUAAAGAUGACCUGAUAGCCCUGCAGGUGCUGGCAGUAGAGGCAGCAGAUGUUGGUUUGUACCAAUGUACUGUUGAGAAUGAAGUUGGUGGGGCUUCCUGUGAUUGUCAAGUAACACUCAAAGAACCACCAUCAUUUGUGAGAAAGUUGGAGAACCUCAGUUCCUUGGUUGGCAGCGAAGUUACUCUGCAGUGCGUUGUGAAGGGCUCAGAGCCCAUGACUGUGUCCUGGAUGAAAGACAACCAUGAGCUUAAAGAGGCUGAAAACAUUCAGAUUACAUAUGAGAACAACAAGGCUGUGGUGCACUUUACCAACUUACAUAGCAAACAUGGCGGCAAAUACUCUUGCCAGGUGCACAAUCAGGCCGGGAGCCAGACGUGCUCUGCUGUGUUGACAGUCAAAGAACCAGCGAAGGUCACGGAGGAGGCAAAGUCUAUCAGUGUGACUCAGGGCGAUCCGGCUACACUAGAGGCCAGGUUCUCAGGCACAAAACCACUGAAGGCCAGAUGGCUGAAGGCUGGCAAGGAGCUGACCUCAGGCCUGAGGCACAAAAUACAGAGCACAGACACCAGCUCUGUGCUGAAGAUUAAUAAAACUGAGAAAAGUGACAGUGGUGACUACACCUUUGAGGUUUCAAAUGAUGUCGGACAGAGUUCUUGCGAUGCCACGCUCACCAUUCUUGAACCACCGUGCAUUCUCGAAAAGCCUGAAUCCAUGAAUGUUUUGCCUGGCUCAAAGGUCCAGUUUAACGUACUGUUCUCUGGCACGCCGCCACUGACCACCAAAUGGUUUAAAAACAAGAAAGAGAUUUUAUCCAGUGCCGACUGUAAUGUGAUCAAAGACAACACCUCAAGCUCACUGGAACUCUUCUUUGCCAAAACUUCAGAUUCUGGAGAAUAUGUCUGUGAAAUACAGAAUGAUGUUGGCUCCACAUCAUGCCAGGCGACACUCUUUGUCAAAGAACCCCCUAAGUUCACACGAACACCAGCUCGUAUGUCUGUGGUCCGUCCUGGUCAGAGUAAAGUGUUUGAGUGCCAGGUGACUGGCACACCUGAGAUAGACAUCUACUGGUUCAGGGAAGGUUCUGAGAUCAGCCCCAGUGACCGAUACAAGAUGGUCUUUGUUAACUCUGUGGCCACUCUGGAAAUCUGUGGGCCUGAUACCAAAGACAGUGGGGUUUACUACUGCGAGGCUCGCAAUGAGGCCGGCAGUGAGAGCUGCAGCAUGGAGCUCAAGGUCAAAGAACCGCCGUCAUUUAUUAGAGAGCUGGCUCCAGCUGAUGUUGUGAAGGGCUCCAGCGCCUGUUUUGAGUGUCAGGUCGCUGGGACUGGUCCUUUUGAGAUUACGUGGCACAAAGAUGCAAAGGAGAUCAAACCCAGUGCUAAACAUGGCUUCUCCCAGAUGAAUGAAAUUGUGGGUCUAGAGGUGCACAAAUGUGAUGCUGUAGAUGUCGGUGAAUACCAGUGUACUGUUGCUAACGAGGUGGGAAGCUGUACUUGUAAGACUACGCUAAAGCUCAAAGAACCACCAACAUUUACCAAGAGGAUUGAGAACACUGCCACUGUUCUGGGUAAAAAGGCAGAGUUUCAGUGUGUUGUGAAGGGUUCUCCUACUCUCUCUGUACAAUGGCAAAAAGAUGAGAACUGGAUUUUGGAGGAUCCAAAGAUUGAGAGAACAUUUGAGAGCAAUGUGGCAACUCUCAGGAUUCCUGCCUGUGAGGCAACGCACAGCGGGAAAUACACCUGCCAGGUGGUAAACGAGGCAGGGCAGGAUAAGUGCUUUGCCACCCUAACGGUGCAAGAACCUCCUCAGAUCACAGAGAAACCUGAAGUGAUAAAGGUUACAGUCGGAGAUCCAGUCAAUCUGGACUGUAAGGUAACAGGUUCCCCUGAGCUUAAAGUGAAAUGGAUGAAAGGUGGCAGGGAGCUUCAGUCCAUCAGGCAGUACAAGCUGACCUUUGAGAACAACAUCAGCAGCCUAAAGAUUCAGUCCGCUCAGAAAGAGGAUGAAGGAGAGUAUCUCUUCGAGGUGGCAAACCACAUCAGUAGCUGCACCUGCAAAGUCAAAGUGAUCGUACUAGAACAAGUAAUUGCACCAAGCUUCAUCAAACCCCUCGUAGACAUGCAGGAGAUUUUGGGCUCCUUUGUUCAUAUAUGUUGCAAAAUAUCUGGUUCCCACCCCAUCACUGUGGAAUGGCAGAAGGAGGGGGCCAAAAUCUCUAGUGGUAUAAAACACAAACUCAUUCAGCAGGACAAUUCUGUGUCAGUUGAAAUCGAACAGCUAGAGAGAUCUGACGCAGGAUCCUACUCUUGCAAACUGACCAAUGCAGCAGGAAGUUGUCAGUGCAGCGGAUCCCUCAUGGUUAAAGAACCUCCCAGCUUUGUGACAUUGCCUGAGUCCCAGGCGGCUCUACCCAACAGCACUGUACGCUUCAAAGGCACAUUUAAGGGAACCCCUCCCUUCACGGUCAAAUGGUUCAAGGAGGACACAGAGCUCAUGACCGGGCCCACUUGUUUCACAGGGCUGGAGGGGCUGUCUUGCUUUUUAGAGCUCUAUUCAGUGGGUGUCACCCAGAGUGGAGUUUACUCUUGCCAAGUCAGUAACGAUGCUGGCUCUGUACGCUGUAGUGCAGACUUGAAAGUCAAAGAACCACCUGAGUUUGUGCUGAAACUCCCUGCCACUAAGUUUGUGAAGCAGGGUGAGUCACUCCGCCUGGAGUGCAAAGUCAGUGGCACAGCCCCUCUGAAAGUGACCUGGUACAAACAUGACACCAAGGUCACGGAUGGGGGCAACUACAGGACAUCAUUUGUUGACUCAGUGGCAGUCCUGGAACUGCUCUCCACCAGCUUUGAUGAUGAUGGAGUUUACACCUGCGAAGCUCAGAAUGAUGCUGGCAGUGUCAGCUGCAGCACCACACUUACCGUGAAAGACCCACCAUCUUUUGUCAAAGUACCUCAGCCCAUUGAAGGGCUUAAGGGUAAGGACGUGAGUCUGUACUGUGAGAUGAGUGGUACAGCUCCGUUCCAGAUCACCUGGUUCAAAGACAGGAAACCUCUGAUGGAAAGCAGGAAGUAUAAGAUGGUGAGUGAGGGCAGCUCGGCUACGCUGCAUGUCAUUGGGAUAGAGCCCACGGAUGCCGGCGAAUACGAGUGCAAAGUGUCAAACAGUGUAGGAAGUGACACCUGCCAGACGUCAGUUAAACUCAGAGAGCCACCGUCGUUUGUGAAGAAACUGUCAAACAUGACAGUGAAUAUGGGAGAGGAGGUGACCCUUGUGGCCACUGUUAAAGGCUCUGAACCCAUUACUGUGUCCUGGGUUCAGGACAAGGAUCACAUUCUCAGGGACGGUGACAACAGGAAAAUCACCUUUGAGAACAACCAGGUCGCUCUUAAAGUGUUUAAGGCUGAUGCAACCACGGCAGGCAAAUACACCUGCCAACUCAGAAACGAUGCUGGGAAUGUGGAGUGUUUCGCUAACUUGACUGUUCUAGAACCCGCUAUGAUCGUGGACAAGCCUGACACUCUGAGCGUGACGGCGGGCGAUAUUGCCGCCCUCGAGGUCAAAGUGCGUGGAACCCCAGAGCUCACACCAAAAUGGUUCAAGGAUGGUGUCGAGCUGGCCUCUGGGAGGAAAUACAAAAUCUCAUUUUCUCAGAUGAUUUCCAGCCUAAAUGUUCUCUCUGCUGAGAAAAUGGACUCUGGAGAAUAUACGUUUGAGGUUAUGAACCAGGUCGGGAAGGACCUGAGUAAAAUUAAUCUCACUGUCUUAGAUAAGAUCAUCCCUCCAAGCUUCUCAAGGAAGUUGAAGGAUUGUCAAACAGUGGUAGGAACAGCCGGAGAGUUGGAAUGCAAAGUGUCGGGCUCCCCACCUUUUACCAUCUUCUGGUACCAUGAUGGGGAGGAGAUUCAGAGCGGACCAAACUAUGAGAUUUCAUUCAGCAGCAACAGCUGCUCACUCAGAGUGGCCACACUGAAGCUGUCCGACUCUGGAGUUUAUAAAUGUAAAGCUGUCAACAAGGCCGGAUCCAGUGAGACCACGGCCUCGCUGGUGGUUAAAGAACCUCCAUCAUUCGUGGUGCCGCCACAGCCGGUGGAAGCCAAGCCCGGCUCUAAUGUGACAUUCUCAGCCAUGGUGAAAGGCAGCGUGCCGCUUAAACUGAAGUGGUUCAGAGGAACGAAGGAGAUCAUGCCUGGACAGGGCUGUGAUUUCUCCCUGAAGGAUAACCAAGUGAUUCUGGAGCUCUUCAAAGUGGACAGAUCUCACGCUGGAGAGUACACCUGUCAGAUCAUUAAUGAUGCAGGAAAGGAGAGCUGUCCAGUUAAUCUCACCAUCAAAGAGCCGGCAGCCUUCUCUAAGAAGCUGAAGGACGUGUCAGUGGAGAAAGGCAAACCGUUAACGUUGGAGUGUAAGUACACCGGAACUCCUAAAAUCACAGUGAACUGGUACAAAGAUGGCCAGCAGAUCUUCGCUUCCUACAAAUACAACAUCACCACGACUGAGAGCUCCUGCAUCCUUGAGUGUCUGUGCACUGACGACAAGGAGGCCGCCGGAAGAUACUCCUGCGAAGUGUCCAAUGACGCCGGGAAGGACAUGUGUGACGCAGCCGUGUCCAUCCUCGAGCCGCCGUACUUCGUGGAGUCCCUGGAGCCCAUGGAGGUGACCUCAGGUGACAGUGUGUGUCUGAAGUGUCAAGUGGCCGGCACACCUGAGAUCAAGGUGUCAUGGUUCAAGGCCGAUGGAAAGGUGCGGUCCAGCCCCACCUGCAAGCUAGAGUACUCCAAGGGCGUGGCCUGUCUGAAGCUCAGCAAAGCCACCAAGGCUGACAUCGGAGAGUAUACCUGCAAGGCAGAGAGCAAGAUAGGCUCCGCCUCCUCCACCUGCAAACUCAAUGUGCUCGAGGCAAAAACGCCACCAUCCUUCCCGAAGAAGAUCACCAGCCUGCAGCAGACAAAGGGUCAGCCAGUCCGCUUCGAGUGCCGCGUCGCUGGCUCGUCACCCAUCGAGGUGUCUUGGCUGAAAGACGGCGAGCCUCUGAGACACGGAGGCGAGUUCUCCAUGCUGUACGAUGACAACACGGCUGUGUUGGAGAUCAGCCACGGCGAGAUGAGGCACUCCGGAGAGUACACCUGUGUGGCCACCAACAGCGUGGGCACCGCCUCCUGCAGAGCCAAGCUCACGCUGCAAGAACCCAGAUACCCGCCAGUCUUUGACAGGAAGUUGGCACCACAGGAGGUGACAGUUGGCGACAGCAUUGAGCUUGAGUGCCACAUGACUGGCUCCACCCCCAUUAAGGUCACAUGGUCCAAAGACCAUAAAGAUAUCCGCUCCGGGGGGAACUAUAAGAUCAGCUGUGUGGAGAACACGCCCCACCUGACCAUCCUGAAGGCAGAUAAAGGUGACACAGGGAGGUACUUCUGUCACGCCUCCAACGACAUGGGCAAGGACUCCUGCUCCUCUGACAUCACUGUCAAAGAGCGUAAAAACCCUCCGGUGUUCACCAAGAAGCCGUCAGAGAACAUCGAGGACAUGGAGGGCAAACUGGUGAAGAUCGAGGGCCGAGUAUCCGGCUCGCAGCCCAUGUCCGUCAGCUGGUUCAAAGACAACACGGAGAUCUACAGCUCCGACAAAUAUGACAUUAGCUUCAAGAGCAACGUGGCCGUGCUGUGCAUCAAGAGCAGCCAGGUGACGGACAGCGGCAGGUACUCCUGUCAGGCCUCCAACGAGGCUGGAAGAAUUUCCUGUGACGUUGUCGUGGGAAUCUCAGAAGCCAAGAAGCCUCCGGUGUUCGACGUCCCUCUGAAGCCACUGACUGUGGACGAGGGCGAGAGGUUGAGUCUCAGGUGUCACGUCUGUGGAUCUCCACCUCUGAAGAUCCAGUGGAUGAAGGACAGGAAGGACCUGAUGUCCGCUGGCAGCACCAGGAUCAGCUUCUCCGACGGCACGGCCUGUCUGGAGAUCAGCCAGGCCUCCCGACACGACGCCGGAGAUUAUCUCUGCAAGGCCACCAACGAUGCCGGCACCGAGUUCUGCAAGGCUAGAGUCACCAUCAAAGAGAAACCAGGAGCAGCUCCGCCUCCUGCUGAAGCUCCAGCAGCCGCUCCAACCAAGAAACUGGAGAACCUGUUCUUCAUCCAGGAACCCAAAACUGCACACGUCACCGAGAAGGGCACCGCCACCUUCAUCGCCAAAGUGGGCGGCGACCCGAUCCCCAGCGUGAAGUGGAUGAAGGGGAAGUGGAGGCAGAUCACUCACGGCGGCCGGAUCUCCAUCGAGCAGAAGGGCCAGGAGUCUAAGCUGGAGAUCAGAGAGGUGACCAAGUCGGACUCGGGUCAGUACAGGUGUGUCGCCUCCAACAAACAUGGAGAGAUCGAGUGCAGUGCUGACAUGCACGUAGAUGAGAAGAAGGAGGCGGUACAGCUGGAGGGAGACCUGCGAGCCAAACUGAAGAAGACACCAUCAAAGCAGAAGAGUCCACAGGAGGAGAAGGACAUCGACAUUGUCGAGCUGUUGAGGAACGUGGACCCCAAAGAGUAUGAGAAAUAUGCCCGUAUGUACGGCAUCACCGACUACCGGGGCCUGCUGCAGGCCAUUGAGCAGCUGAAGAAGGAGAAGGCUGAAGAAAGUGGAAGACCGGAAGUGGAACGUGCAGACAGAGAGUCUGAUGAGGACAUGGCCCGACUGGUGGCCGACCUGCAGAAGAGGAUGGAGCGCACAGAGCCCGUCACCGUGCUGAGGGACAUCUCCGAUCAGUCCGUCUUCAUUAACAAGGAGGCGGUGUUUGAGUGCGAGAUCAAGAUCAACUACCCAGAGAUCACCCUGUCCUGGUACAAGGGCACCCAGAAACUGGACACUAGUGACAAGUAUGACAUCAGCAUCAGCGGCGACCGCCACCUGCUCAAGAUCAAGAGGUGCCAGUCGACCGACCAAGGCAACUACCGGGUGGUCUGUGGGCCUCACAUCUCUAGCGCCAAGCUCACCGUCAAGGAGGUGGAGGUUGAGAAGCACCUGCAGGACACAUCGGGUAAGGAAGGCCAGUCAUGCACUCUGUCUUGUCAGUUAUCCAUCCCUAACGUAGAGGCUCAGUGGUAUAAAAAUGGAAAGCAGUUAGAGAUGAAGGGCAGGUACACGUCGGAGGUGAAACACAAGAUUCAGAAGCUUCUGAUCAGAGACCUGAAAACUGAAGACCAGGGCAGAUACACCUGCAAGUACCAGCACCUGGAGUCAUCCGCCGACCUCUGGGUGGAAGCUGAACAAAUUCAUUUCACCAAACGCAUCCACAACAUCGAAGUCAACGAGCGCCAGUCGGCCACCUUUGAGUGCGAGGUGUCCUUCGACAAUGCUAUCGUUUCGUGGUACAAAGACACCUGGGAACUGAGAGAGAGCCCUAAGUACAACUUCACAAGCGAGGGCCGAAGACAUUUCAUGGUCAUCCGAAACGUGACCAUCGAAGACGAAGGCGUGUACUCAGUGAUUGUGAGGUUGGAGCCCAGAGGAGAGGCUAAGAGCACGGCUGAGCUUUAUUUGUCUGGCAAAGAAAUUGAAUUAGCAAUGGUUCCCUUAGAUGUCCCAGACUCCUCAGUUCAGAGGCCUGAAGUGCCUUCAUCAGUGGCAAUUGAAGAAUCUGCUGAAUACUACCAUUAUGAAGAAGAGCUUGAACAUAGAGAAUCAGCUGAAUAUUCGUAUCACUAUGAAGAAGAGGUGGAGAUGGAGGUGGAGCAGAGAGCUGCCAGAGUUGCCAUUGAGGAGACAGUGGAGACCAAGAAAGUUGAAAUGCGGGAGGAACUCCCAACAAAAGUUCCCAAAGCUGAGAAAAAGCCUGAAGAGAAGCCAAGAGCAGCCGUUAAGGAGCCUUCACCACCCAAAGUACCGGAGGCCAGAAAGCCAGUGGAGGAAAAGAUUCCUGUAGUUUCAGUCCCAGAGAAGAAGGAACGUCCUACUCCAAAAGAACCAGAGGAGGUUAAGAAGCCUGCUGCUCCUCCCUCGCUGCCUGCCGAGAAGCCAGGAGUGCCAAAGAAAGAUGAGCCCAAGCCUCAGGUACCAGCUGAGCCCAAAAAAGUGGCACCUGCAGCUAAGCCUGAGCCUGAGGCCAAGCCGAAACCGAAAGCUGAGCCUGAGCCAAAGCCUAAGCCCACACCGGCUCCCAAAGCAGAACCUGAGCCAAAGCCCAAGCCCACACUGGCUCCCAAAGCAGAACCUGAGCCAAAGCCCAAGCCCACACCGGCUCCCAAAGCAGAGCCUGAGCCAAAGCCUAAGCCUACACUGGCUCCGACAAUACCUGAAGCCAAACCAGUGUUGAAGGUCGAGCCUGAAGCUGAGCCAGUGCGAGUAGAGACGCCAGUGACACUUCCAUCCAAAGCCCCUGAAGAGGCUGCAAAACCAGAGCUGGCAAAGAUCAAGCCUGAACCAGCAGUAAAAAAGCCAGAGCCAGAGGCUCGAAAAGCGAAACCAGAACCAGAAAAACCAAAACCAGAAGUCCGUAAACCAGAGCCUGUUGUAACAAAGCCAGAACCUGCUGUUGCUAAGCCAGAACCUCCAGUUCCAAAACCAGAACCUGCAGUGGUCCCCAAACCGGAACCGGCAGAGGUUCCCAAACCAAAACCUGCAGAGGUCCCUAAACCAGAACCUGUGGAGGUCCCCAAACCCAAACUAAAACCUGUGGAGGUCUCCAAACCAGAACCAGUGGAGGUCCCCAAACCCAAAUUAAAACCUGUGGAGGUCUCCAAACCAGAGCCCGUGGAGGUCCCCAGACCCAAACUAAAACCUGUGGAGGUCUCCAAACCAGAACCAGUGGAGGUCCCCAAACCCAAACUAAAACCUGUGGAGGUCUCCAAACCAGAACCUGUGGAGGUCCCCAAACCCAAAUUAAAACCUGUGGAGGUCUCCAAACCAGAACCCGAGGAGGUCCCCAAACCAAAACUAAAACCUGUGGAGGUCUCCAAACCAGAACCGGUGGAGGUCCCCAAACCAAAACUAAAACCUGUGGAGGUCUCCAAACCAGAAUCUGUGGAGGUCCCGAAACCAAGACCUGAGCCAGCAGUGAAAAAACCUGAACCUGAGGUGAAAGUGCCAAAACCUGAACCUCCAAAGAUCAAACCAGAACCAACACCUGCACCAAAGGAACCUCUGAAGAAAGUUCCUGUGGAGGAAAAAAUACCCGAGGCUCCAAAACCAGCCAAGAAACCUGAAGUUGCUGUUGUUCCUCCCAAAGAAGAGCCGACGAAGAAAGAGAAAGCUUUGAAGCCCAAACCUAAACUGGUACCUGAAGAGGUGCCUGAACCUCGAAAGGUGUUUGAAGAUGUAGUUGUGUCGGAGACUGAACCUGAGAAAAUACCUGAGAGACAGGAAGUCCAUGUGAAGGAAAAGACCCCUGAGAGGGUCCCAGAAAAGGUGCUCGCACCUGAGAGAAAAGUGGAGGAAAUUCCAAAGAUGGUGCCAGAAAAAGUACCUGAGAAGGUUCCUGAAAAACCACCUGAGAAAAAGAUGCCGGAGAAAGCUCCUCCUGAGAGGAAGCCAGUAAAAGUUCCCCAGAAGGUGGCUGAAGAAGAGAGAAUUCCUGAGAAGAAGCCACCUGAGGAAGUAAAACCUGAAAGGGUGCCUAAGAAACAAACAGAGAGGAUCUCUGUAGAAAAAACACCUGAGAAGGUGCCCGAAGCUAAACCUAAACGAGAGGUGGAAGAAAUUCUUCCUAAAGUAGCUACCAGUCUUGUCAAGAUCGAACGAAGGAAAGGAGCUGAGAAGAUACAGGAAGUUUAUUACGUGACGGAGAAAGUGUCGCCCACGGAGGAGGUGUGGGAACACGAAGAGGUGGUGGAAGAACAUGCCGAAGUGUUGUAUGAGGACGAAGUGGCUCGUCUGGGCGAGAAAAUAGUGUCGUUAUCAGAAGUAGACAUCUUAAGUACGACAGAAAAGGCGAGAGAUAAAAAGUCUGAGCUGAGAGGUGAGAUAUCUGUUACUGACUCUUCAAAGAGAAAAGAAACCAAGGUGACUAAACGCAGAGUCCCAAAAACAGAAGAAACCAUUGUUGUAGUUCAGGAACCUGAAUCUGACAGAGAUAGGGAGGUCAUAACGUUGAAGGGUAAACCUACAAAGAUAGAAGAGGAGUAUUUUAUCAAGACGAUCGAGUCACCAAUAGAGGAGAUUGCAGAUGAAAGAAAAGACAGCCUAUCAGUCAGACAGCGGCCAGAUGAGAGGGACAUAUCUAAACAAGAAACUACUGUCACAGUCAAAAAGGGACGAGAGAUAACCAUUACAACAGAGAGCAAAGAGAGGCAAGUGAGACCGCAAACUUAUACAGUCAAAGAAACAGAGUCAGUACAAGAAAAGAUCACAUCAGUGACAGACACAGAUAAAACUAAACCAGUUAUUAUCAGCACAGAGGCAAGAAAACUAACCAAAAAGCUGGACAUCGAAGAAAAGCCUUUUAGAGAAGUCACUUACGAGGAAUCGGUCGAUCAUGAUGUUGAGAUAAUAUCAGAUAUUCCAGAGGAAGAAUACAGUAGAAGUGAAGAAAUUACAGAAAUUAGAAUCCAGCAGAGAGAUGUCCCAGUUAAAGACAAACAAACAAAAGUUAUCCCCACUGAAGUGAAAGUGGUGGAUGAGAAAACAAGUAGAAAAGAGGAACCUAGAAUUAAACCAGCAGUCAUUACUGACUCCAAAAAAGAUGAAACUGUUGCUCCUGGAAAAGUGCCCACAAAGAAACAAGAGAUAGCUGAGCAGAAACAAGAGAAAAAGUUAAAGCCCGAUGAGAUAAUCGACACAAAGGAGAAAGUUACGGAAAAAACAAAACUUAAAGAAGAGGUGACCCCCAAGGUAAAACCAAAAGAGUUAGUAACAGAUAUCGAGCCUAAGAAGCCAAAAGUGACUGAGCAGGAGAUUGAGUUUGAGCCAGUUGCUGCAAGAACUGAAGCAGAUUACAAGAAGAAAGAGGAGCCCAAAGAUGUUCGUCCUCAGAGAGUCGAGAAGACAAAAGAAGAACCAAGUCUUUUAAUCGAGGAUACGGUUGAGACAAAACCUUCAGUCCCUUCAAAACCAGAGAAGAAAAGGAUUUCCCCAGUAACAGCUUCCAGAGUUCCUGUGAAGGAGAAGGAGUCUCCACCACAAGUCACAGAACCACUGGUAAAGCCAGCUGCUCCUCAAGAAGAGAGAAAACCUCAGGCUGCUGUAAAGGUUGAAGAAACUGUCCAAAGGCCUGAGAUCACUGACACAACCAAGAAGUUGGAGAAGAAGAUUACUCCACAAGAAGAACCAAAGCCAGUGACCAAGCCAAAGCCUGUUAUAAAGGCCGAAGAACCAACCAAGAAGGUUGCAGAAGAAGAAAAGCCAGUCGUGGUAGAACAGAUAGUUCCUGAGACAGAUGAAACCAAGGGACCCGUCCAAGCACCGGGAGGAGUCAAGAAAGAGGGACAACCGGCAGAAGAAGCAGGAAGAGGUAGAGGUAGAGGCCUGAGACCCAAGCAGACCCCGUCACCUGGAGAGGGCAGGGGCCGCGGCCUGAGGCCUGGUGGAAAGGGACCAUCACCACCAGAGGAACCCUUCGGAGGAUUCAAGCUCAAAGCCGUCCCCCUGAAGUUCAUCAAGAAGCUUCAGGACAUCGUGUUGCAGGAGGCAGAGUCUAUAGGCUCGUCUGCUGUGUUUGAGUGUGAGGUAUCGCCUUCCACUGCCGUCACAUCUUGGAUGAAAGAUGGCAACAACCUCCGUGAGGACCCAAAGCACAAAUUCAUAUCUGACGGCAAAGAUCGCAAGAUGAACAUUAUUGAUGUCCAGCUCUCUGACACCGGUGAAUAUACCUGUAUAGCCAAGAACGCUGGCAAGGAAAUAUCGUGCACAGCCAAGCUUAUUGUUGAAGAGCUGCCAGUGAAAUGGAUCAAAGAGCUGGAGGAGGAGACCUCAGCUCUGAAGGGUCAGCCUGUGUAUAUGACCUGUGAGUUGAACAAAGAGAGAGAUGUGGUAUGGAAGAAGAAUGGCGAAGUCCUGAAGCCAAAGGCCAACAAGAUUCAGAUCAAUAUCAUUGGCUUGCAGCACGCUGUGACCAUCCAGAACUCCGCUGAGGACGACGCUGGGGCCUACUCAUGUGAAGUGGCCAACCAGGAGGCUGUCAAGACUGCAACAAAUGUCAAAGUCAUUGAAAUAAUCAAGGACUGGAUUGUGAAACCACUGAGAGACCAGCAUGUGAAACCAAAGGCUGCUGCUAUAUUUAAAUGUGAGCUCUUCAAGGACACUCCCAACUGGAAGUGGGUCAAAGGAGAGAACGAGAUCACUCCUUCUGACAAGAUCGAGAUCAAGAAGGAUGGGAAGGAGCUGACGCUCACUAUCAAGAACUGUCAGCCAGAUGAUGUAGCAGAAUAUGCCAUGGAGGUGGAGGGACGCGUCUACACUGCGAAGCUAACACUAGGAGAGCGGGAAGCUGAGAUCCUGAAGCCCCUGGCCAGCGUUGAAGUGACUGAGAAGGAAGAUGCCAUGUUUGAGACGGAGAUCUCUGAGGAUGACGUUCCAGGAGAAUGGAAGCUCAAAGGAGAGGUUUUGACCAGAUCUCCGAUGUGCGACAUCCAAAUGGAGGGUGGGGUGCGUAAACUGACUCUGAAAAAUUGCCAGUUGGAUCAGGCGGGAGAAGUGUCCUACCAGGCUCUUAACGCCAUUACCAGCGCAAUGCUCAACGUCAAAGAAAUCGAAAUGGACUUUGUAGUCCCGCUGAAGGACGUUUCGGUGCCUGAAAAGAAACAGGCCAAGUUUGAAUGCACCAUCACGAAGGAUGUCUCUAAGGUCAUGUGGUACAGGGGGGAUGACAUUAUCACCCCAGACCAAAAGUAUGACAUCAUCGAUGAUGGAAAGAAGCAUAUGCUGAUCAUAAACUGCUGUGAGUUUGAGGACGAAGAUGAAUAUACGAUUGCGGUUUUGGGCAAAACUUCAACAGCUAGACUCACAGUGGAGGGUAUCAGGCUCAAAUUUAUCUCGCCGAUAAAGGACCAAACGGUGAAGGAGGGCGAAACGGCUCGCUUCGAGCUGGGGCUCUCUCAUGAGAACAUCCCUGUCACCUGGUACAAGAACGAUGUUAAAAUUCAUCCGAGCAGAACAGUGGUCACUCAUGUGGAUGGAAAGAAACAUGUGCUAGAGAUGAAGGAAGUGACUCUUGAUGAUACUUGCCAAAUUAAGGCUGAGGCCAAAGGAAUUCCUUCCAUGGCCAACCUGACGGUCAUAGAGGGAGAUGCGUACUUCACAGUUAAGCUGCAGGACUUUACUGCAGUGGAAAAAGACGAUGUGAUUCUUGAUUGCGAGCUCAACAAAGAUGUCGAAGUCAUGUGGUACCACAAUGAGGCCGAGAUCAAGCCCUCUAAGAUGGUGGCCAUUAAGGCUGAGGGCAAACGCAGAGCCCUCGUUAUCAAGAAAGUUGGAGACAAAGACAAAGGACAAUACGUAUGUGAUUGUGGAACAGACAAGACGACGGCAAAGCUUCACAUUGAAGCUCGCCACAUCAAGGUGAUUCGGCCAAUGUAUGGCGCUGAGGUGUUUGAAGGAGAGACCGCUCGAUUUGAGGUCGAGCUCAGUGAGGACGACAUUCAUGGCCAAUGGAAACUGAACGGAGAAGUCCUCAGUCCAUCCGCCGAUGUAGAGAUCGUGGAGGACGGCCCAAAACACACUCUGGUCUUGUACAACUGCAAAGUGCCUCUAACAGGCGAGGUGUUGUUCACUGCCGCCAACGCAAAGUGUUCUGCUAACCUGAAAGUAAAGGAGAUCCCAGUCUCAUUCAUUACACCGCUGACGGACGUGCAUGUGUACGAAAAGGAUGAGGCAAAGUUUGAACUGGAAAUUUCUAGAGAGCCCAAAAACUUCCGCUGGCUGAAGGGAACUCAGGAGUUGUCGACCGAUGAUAAGUUUGAGCUCCAGGUGGAGGGAAAGAGACACACUCUUAUUAUAAAAUCUGCCAGAUACGAAGAUGAAGCCAAAUACAUGUUUGAGGCUGAAGAUAAAAGGACUUCUGGAAAGUUGUUUAUCAAAGGUAUUCGCCUUGAAUUUAUCAAGCCGAUUAAAGAUGUGACUGUGAAGGAACGUGAAACUGCAGAGUUCAGCGUCGAACUCUCUCACGAAAAGAUCCCGGUGGUCUGGUACAAAAAUGACGUCCGUCUGCACCCUAGCAAGGUGGUGCACAUGUCAGAGGACAGAAAAGUCCACACACUGGCCUUCAAGGAGGUCACCAUCGACGACACCUCCAUGAUCAAGGUGGAGGCCAUGGGCAAGACCUCAGAGGCCAUGCUCACUGUGCUCGAGGGCGAUCUGUACUUCACAGUGAAGCUCCAGAACUACACCGCCGUCGAGAAAGAUGAGGUGAUGUUGUCCUGUGAGCUGAGCAAGGCCGCCGGCGAGGUCCGGUGGUUCAAGGACGGUAAUGAAAUAUUUCCCUCCAAGAACAUUCUCAUCCAAUCAGACGGCAAAAAGCGCAUGCUGGUGAUCAAGAGGACGGCCAAGAGCAGCAAGGGAGAGUACACCUGCGACUGUGGCACCGACAAAACCACAGCCGACCUGAACAUCGAAGAGCGCGACAUCAAGGUUGUCCGCCCACUGUACAGUGUGGAGGUCACUGAGACAGAGACCGCCAAGUUUGAGACAGAGAUCUCAGAGGAGGACCUUCACGGCACCUGGAAACUGAAGGAAGAGACACUCCACCCGUCUGCUGAUGUGGAGAUCAAGAUGGAGGCAACCAGACACACGCUGAUCCUCUACAACUGCAAAAUGGACAUGGCCGGAACUGUAGACUUCGCGGCAGCGAAUGCCAAAUCUUCAGCUCAGCUCAGGGUCAAAGCCCGAGUGAUCGGCCUGGAGCGGCCCCUGAAGGAUGUCACUGUGACUGCCGGGGAGACCGCUACCUUCGAGUGUGAGCUGUCCUAUGAAGGCAUCGCUGUCGAGUGGUUCCUGGGGGGUACAAAGCUGGAACCAAGCGACAGAGUGGUGUUGAAGGCGGAGGCUAAAGUCCACAGUAUGACUCUGAGGGACGUCAAACUACAUGAAGCCGGACAAGUUAAACUCGUCGCCAAAGACUUCCAGACGGAGGCCAACCUGAUCGUCGGAGAGCCACCGGUGGAGUUCACUAAGCCUCUGGAGGACCAGACGGUGGAGGAGGAAGCCACCGCCACACUUGAGUGUGAAGUUUCCAGAGAAAAUGCAGAGGUGCGAUGGUUCAGGGAUGGACAGGAGAUCAGAAAGACCAAAAAGUACGAGAUGAUCGUCGAGAGCCGCAAGAGGGCGCUGCUCAUCCACGACUGCACUAUGGACGACUCGAGAACGUAUACUUGUGACGCCAAAGACUUCAAAACCUCCUGCUUCCUCAGCGUUGAACCUCCACAUGUCGAGUUCUCGAAGCCGCUCCAUGAUGUCGAGGUCAAAGAGAAGGAAUCUGCCAGGUUUGAGUGUGAAGUUUCCAGAGACAACGUCAAAGUCCGCUGGUUCAAAGAUGGAAGUGAAAUCAGAAAGGGGAAGAAGUAUGAAAUUAUUGCUGAAGGUCGCAAACACAUCCUCAUCGUCCACAAGUCGGUGUUUGACGACGAGGCUGAAUAUGAAUGUGACGCAAAGACCUCCAAAUCCUCCGGCAUGCUUACUGUCGUCGAGGAGGAGGCGAGGUUCACCAAGAACCUGUCCAACGUGGAGGGAACAGAGACAGACAGCGUGAAGCUAAUCUGCGAGGUGUCCAAACCCAGCGCUGACGUCAUCUGGUACAAAGGAGACGAGGAGCUGCCGGAGGGCGGCCGUCACGACCAGAUCGUGGACGGGAAGAGGAGGAUCCUCCUCAUCCAGGACCUAAAGAUGGCCGACGCGGGAGAGUACAACUGCAGGCUGAGUCCUAGCAUCAGGACAUCCGCAAACCUCAAGAUUAACGAACUGGCUGCUGAGUUCAUCUCCCGGCCUCAGAGCCAGGAGGUGGUGGAGGGCGAGAAGGCAGAGUUCACUUGCUCUGUCUCCAAGGAAACCUAUGAGGUCAAAUGGCUGAAGGAGGACAGGGAGCUGGAGGCCGGAGACAAAUACCAGAUGGUCAGCGACGGCAAGAGGCGAACGCUGGUCAUCAAGAACAGUGAGCUCAGAGAUGAGGGCGGAUACGUGGUGAUGAUCGGAACCACCAGAGCCAGCGCUGACCUCACUGUGCUCGAGAAACUGAAGAUCAUCACGCCACUGAAGGACACAGAGGCCAAAGAAGGACAGGAAGUGGUCCUGAACUGUGAGGUGAACACAGAGGGAGCGAAGGCCAAGUGGCUGAAGAAGGACGAGACGAUAUUCGAGACCAGCAAGUACGUGAUGGUCCAGAGGGACAAUGUCUUCUCCCUGAGGAUCAGAGACGCCCAGAAGGGAGACGAGUCCAACUACAGCAUCAACCUCACCAAUCACAGAGGAGAGCACGCCAAGAGCUCCUGCGACCUCACCAUCAAAGAGGAGAGUCUGAGGAUCGUGGUUCCAUUGGAGGACAUCGACACUCAGGAGAAGAAGACCGUCAGCUUCUCCUGCAAGGUCAACAGGCCCAACGCCACUCUGAAGUGGAUGAAGGGUGGCCAGGAGAUCACCUUCAACAAACACAUUGUCUACAGAGUAGACAAAGAGAAGCACACGCUGACCAUCAAGGACUGCACGCUGGCGGAUGAGGGCGAGUACACCGCCGUAGCCGCAGACAACAAGUCCACCGCAGAGCUGAUCAUCAGCGAGGCACCUACAGACUUUGACAUGCACCUGAAGGACCAGACCAUCACUGAGUUCGAGGACGCGGAGUUCACAUGCAAGCUGACCAAAGAGAAAGCCGACGCCAAGUGGUACAGAAACGGACGUGAGAUCAGAGAAGGACCGAGGUAUACAUUUGAAAAAGAUGGAAAGUUGUGCACCUUGCGUAUCAAGGAGUGCAGACCGGACGAUGAGUGUGAGUACGCCUGUGGUGUGGACGAUAAGAAAUCCAGAGCCAGGCUCUUUGUUGAAGAGACGCCGGUGGAGAUCGUCAGACCGCCACAGGACAUGUUCGAACCUCCAGGCUCGGAUGUCGUGUUCGAGGUGGAGCUCAACAAAGACAGACAGGAAGUGAAGUGGUUGAGGAACAAUAUGACGGUUGUCCAGGGAGACAAAUACCAGAUGAUGAGCGAGGGUAAAAUCCACAGACUGCAGGUCUGUGAGAUCAGACCUCGAGAUCAGGGAGAGUACAGAGUCAUCGUCAAAGACAAAGACGCCAAGGCCAAGCUGGAGCUGGCAGCUGUGCCUCAGAUAAAGACCACAGACCAGACCUACGUCACAGACGCCAGGAAGCCCAUCGUCAUGGCUGUCCCCUACAGCGCCUACCCACAGGCCGAGGCUGACUGGCUGUAUAACAACCUGAGUCUGCCCAAAGACAACAUCUACACAUCCGCCGACCGCACAGAGUACCGCCUGAAGGACCCCAUGAAGGCCGACGAGGGCCGCUACAAGGUCAUCAUCAAGAACAAACACGGAGAGGGAGAAGCCUUCAUCAACCUGGGGGUCAUUGAUGUCCCUGGACCCGUGAGGAACCUGCAGGUGAUCGACACAGCCGAUGGUGAGGUCAGCCUGGCAUGGGAGGAGCCUGAAAACGAUGGCGGCGCCAAGGUCAUUGGCUACGUGGUGGAGAGACGUGAUGUGAAGCGUAAGACCUGGACGCUGGCCACUGACCAGGCUGACAGUCCCGAGUACACAGUGACCGGCCUCCAGAAAGACUCCAUGUACCUGUUUAGAGUGUGUGCCAGAAACCGGGUCGGCAGCGGACCCAACGUUGAGACCGACAAACCCGUACAGGCCAAGAACAAGUUUGAUGUUCCUGAGGCUCCUCUGAAUGUGAUCGUUGGAAACGUCAGCAAGUUUGGCUGCACCAUCGCCUGGGAACCUCCUGAGUCGGACGGAGGCUCUCCCAUCACCUCUUACGUCAUCGAGCUGCGAGACAGGACGUCUGUGAAGUGGAUGCCUGUCCAGAUGACCAAAGCUGACGAGCUCAGUGCCAUCAUCAACGACGUCAUCGAGAACAAGGAGUACAUCUUCAGAGUCAGAGCUCAGAACAAAGCUGGCGACGGCAAGCCAAGCGCUGCCUCGCGGCCCGUCAAGAUCAUGGAUCCCAUUGAGCCUCCCAGUCCCCCUCUGAAUCUGGUCUGGGAGGACCAGAACAAGACUUUGGUGAAUCUCACCUGGGAGACUCCUCUGAGGAAUGGAGGCAGCAUGAUCACCGGAUACAUAAUUGAACGUAACGAGGAAGGCAACGACAAGUGGCUCCGCUGUAACGCCCGCCUCUGCCCAGACCUCUUCUACAAGGUGUCUGGCCUGAAAUAUGGAAACAAGUACAACUACAGAGUGUUUGCUGAAAACGCUGCUGGAGUCUCAGAGCCGUCAAACAUUGUCGGCCCUCUGCUGGCUGACGACCCACAUGUCGGUCCAACCUUUGACCUGAGUGCUUUUAAAGAUGGCCUGGAGGUGAUUGUCCCUCAGCCUCUCACCAUCAGAGUCCCCAUCACCGGAUACCCGAUCCCUGUCGCCAAGUGGACCUUAGGAGACAAGCAGCUGAGCACCGAUGACGAGCGCGUCACCAUGACGACCAAGGCCACAUUCACAGAACUGAUCGUCACACCAAGUGUCCGCCCCGACAGAGGCACUUACACUCUGCAGCUGGAGAAUGACGUCAUGUCUGUCACUGGAGACAUCGAUGUCCACGUCAUCGCGGCGCCCAGCGCUCCAAAGGACUUCAAAGUCCUGGAGGUGACCAGGCAACAUGUCCACCUGAGCUGGGAGGCUCCGGAGCACGAUGGAGGAAGUCCUCUGACCGGCUACCAGGUGGAGAAACGGGAUGUGGCCCGCAAGACCUGGGUCAAGGUGGCCCAAGGUAUCCAGGAUACGGAGUUCACAGUCACUGAUGUGAUUGAAGGAAAGGAGUAUCUGUUCAGAGUCACUGCCUGCAACAAGUGUGGACCUGGAGAGCCGGCGUACAUCGACGAUCCCGUCAAUGUCUCGUCUCCUGCCACCAUCCCCGACCCUCCAGAGAACCUGAGGUGGAGAGACAAGUCCGCCAGUGGCAUCUUCCUCACCUGGGAGCCGCCAAAAUACGAUGGUGGCAGCGGCAUCCGAGGCUACAAUGUGGAGCGCUGCAUGAGAGGAACAGAUAAGUGGGAGCCCUGCGGGGACAUGGUGCAGGAGCUGAAGUGCCAGGUAACAGGUCUGAUUGAGGGCCAGUGGUACGCCUACAGAGUCCGAGCCCUGAACAAGCUGGGAGCCAGCCGACCCUGCAAGGCCACCGAUGAGAUCCAGGCAGUUGAUCCCAAAGAACCUCCAGAGAUCCAGCUGGACGUCAAGCUGCUGGCUGGUCUGACUGCUAAGGGCGGCAGCAAGAUCGAGCUCCCUGCCGAGGUGAAGGGUAAGCCUGAGCCCCGCGUGAAAUGGACGAAAGCUGACCUGGUCCUCCAACCAGACGACAGGGUUUCCAUCGACACCAAGCCGGGACACUCCACCGUUACCAUCGCCAAGACCAAGAGAGAUGACAGCUCCACCUACAUCAUCGAGGCCACCAACAGCAGCGGCCGUGCCACUGCCACUGUUGAGGUCAACAUCCUCGAUAAGCCCGGUCCUCCAGCUGCCUUCGAUAUCUCUGAAAUCACUAACGAAUCCUGCUUUAUGGCCUGGAACCCUCCACGUGAUGACGGCGGCUCCAGAAUUACCAAUUACAUUGUUGAGCGCCGAGCCACAGAUAGCGAGAUCUGGCACCGGCUGUCCUCAACCGUGAAACUGACUACCUACAGAGCUGUGGGCCUGGUCAAGUUCAAGGAGUACAUCUUCAGAGUCUUCGCAGAGAACCAGUUUGGUGUUGGCCCAGCGGCUGAGCACCCAUCCAUCAUCGCCAGAUACCCCUUCGACACUCCUGGAGCUCCUUACAAGCUGGAGGCUUCAGACAUUGCCAAGGACUCCCUGACCCUGAACUGGUACGAGCCUGAUGAGGAUGGAGGCAGCCCCAUCACCGGAUACUGGGUGGAGAGAUAUGAACCCGAACACGACAGGUGGAUGAGAUGCAACAAGGUGCCCAUCAAAGACACAAACUAUAGAGUCAAAGGUCUUCCCACUAGGAAGAAGUACAAGUUCAGAGUUCUGGCUGAGAAUCUGGCUGGAACUGGAAAACCCAGCAAGGAGACAGACCCGAUCCUUGUCAAAGAUCCAUUUGAUCCUCCAUGGCCUCCUGGUAAACCCACGGUGAAGGACGUAGCUAAGACUUCCUGCUUCGUCAUGUGGACCAAACCAGAGCACGACGGCGGAGCAAAGAUCGAAGGCUACAUUAUUGAGAUGCUGAAGAGCGGUACCACAGACUGGAUCCGCACGGCAGAGAACAUCACCACCCUGGAGUACUUCCUGAAGGGCCUGAUGGAGAAGCAGGAGUACUCGUUCAGGGUGCGAGCCGUUAAUGCGGCCGGAGAAAGCGAACCCAGCGAGCCCAGCGACCCUGUGCUCUGCAAAGAGAGACUCAACCCUCCAUCGGCUCCUCGCUGGCUGGAUGUCGUCAGCAUCUGCAGAAACAGCGCUGACUUGAAGUGGGCUGUGCCAGAGCGCGACGGAGGCUCGCGCGUCACCAACUACAUAGUGGAGAAGCGCGACGCCAAGCGUAAAGGCUGGCAGGCUGUUGACACCACAGUCAAGGAGCUGAAGUACACCGUGACGCCACUCAAUGAAGGUUCUCUCUACGUGUUCCGUGUUGCCGCUGAGAACGCUGUUGGUGUGGGACCGUUCUGCGAGCUGGAGGACUCUGUGCUGGCUAAAGACACCUUCACUACUCCUGGGGCGCCGUAUGCCCUCACUGUCAACGCUGUGACCAAGAGAUACGUGGACCUGAUGUGGGAGGAGCCUAAAAAUGAUGGUGGCAGACCCAUCCUCAAGUAUUCCAUUGAGAAGAAGGAGAGGCUUGGAACCCGCUGGGUGAAAUGCGGGAAGACUUCUGGUCCAGACUGUAAGUACAGAGUGACGGAC